AAAAUAAAAUGAACAUUGGGAUAUUCUCAUACGUACUUCUUCCUCCCUAGGGGUGGCAGUGUAACGUUACACCAGGAUUUUUAAUUGGGUCAUAAAAUGUGUAUUUUUAUCUGCCUGUACAUUAUACAUUUGAAUGCAGAAAUACAGCAAUGUUAAAUGUACGCUAAUUAAUGAUCUUAACAUAUACAUUAAUCAAUAAGUGUCGAUAUGAUUUCAGUUCUAUUUAUUUUUCAUGUGAUGCUCGCAAAUGUUUUCAGGCAUUUUCGCAGCCACCUAAGUGUACGGAAGAGCAACUGGUGAAAGUGUACAGGGUUUGAUGGAUGAGCAAGGGAUUUUUUUACCUUCUUGAAAUAGAUAUUCUAGCUACAUUUUCUUUCUCAACAACGUCGGUUUAUUUAAAGAAGUAGACAUGCCUUUGUUUGCGCAGAAUCCAUUCGACCAAGAUGUUGAGAAAGCCACCAAUGAAACCAAUACAGUGGAGGACUGGGCUCUGAUUAUGGAUAUCUGUGACAGAGUUGGACAGACGCCCAAUGGAGCCAAGGACUGCUUGAGGUCUGUGAUGAAGCGAGUCAACCACAAGGUCCCACACGUUGCCAUGCAGGCCCUCACCUUGCUGGCUGCCUGUGUCAAUAACAGUGGAAGAAUAUUUCACUUAGAAAUCUGCUCGCGGGAGUUUGCCACUGAAGUCCGAACUGUGUUGAGCAGGGCCCACAGCAAGGUGUGUGACAAGCUGAAGGGGAUGAUGGUGGACUGGUGUGAUGGGUUCCAGAAAGAUCCACAGCUCAGUCUGGUCAGUGCCACCAUCAAGUCUCUGAGAGAGGAAGGGGUCGUCUUCCCAUCCUCUGGGUCACAGGGGUCCAGCCUAAAGGGCACCACUCCAGCUGUUAGUAAACCAUCUGACGAUGACGACCUGGCCAAAGCCAUCGAGCUGUCCCUGCAGGAGCAGAAGCAGUAUGUGGAGACGCGACCCCUCACCGUGACCGCCGACCCCCCCUUCAAUACCAACGGGGGCGGGGGUAGCAGGGAUUCCCGGAAGUUGCGGGCGCUCUACGACUUUGAGGCGGCCGAGGACAACGAGCUCACCUUCAAGACUGGAGAGCUCAUCCUCGUCCUGGACGACAGUGACCCAAACUGGUGGAAAGGUGAGAACCACAGAGGAGUAGGUCUCUUCCCGUCCAACUUUGUCACGACCAACCUCAACGCUGAGCCUGAACUAGUAACUUAUGUGGAGAAGACGCCAGCCCCGGAGGAGCCCAGCAUAGAAGCCAACGUAGAGCCUGAGCCUGUCUUCAUAGAUGAGGAGAAGAUGGACAGAGCGCUGUAUUUGCUCCAGAACACAGACCCUGCUGAUGCAGCACCUGACUGCCAAGAGCUGGUCCAACUGGAGGGUGCUUGUGAGCAGAUGAAUCCAAUGAUUGAUGACAAGCUGGAAGACAUUGACAGGCAACACUCUGAGCUGUCUGAGCUGAAUGUGAAGGUGCUGGAGGCCUUGGAGCUCUAUAACAAACUGAUGAACGAGGCACCGUUCUACACAGCCUACUCCAAACUGCAGUCCCAGCAGCAACCGCAGCAGCAGCCCCAAUACGCACCUGCCUCCCAAGUCCCCAUUCAGGGUUACCCAGGUCAGCCUGGUGGUUCCUACAUGCCUCCGGGGAUGCCCCAGGGCCCCCCAGCCCAGCAGGCCUACAUGGGCUCUGACCAGCCCGGACCCCUCCACUCACUCCACCCUAACGUCACAUCUCCCAACGGUCAGCCAGCACAGCUUCCUUACAGUGUACCAUAUGCACCUGCCGGAUACCCUCCACAGAUGGGUGUGGCCCCACAGAUGGACAUGUCGGCCUAUCAGAACGCCAACCUGCCUCCAGCCUCCUAUCAAAUGGCUGCUCCAUCGCAGCAGGCCCCACACCAGCAACAGGCCUACUAUCAGCAGCCUCUCCUAUAAAGGCAGGCCGUGCAAUACUAUCAGGGCUGUCUGAGUGAGAAGCAGCAUAUCCCCACCAACAGACACAGUACAAUGACACAAUCCUCCCCCUCUUUUGUCCUUUAUGAAAAUAUUAUGGCAAUGGUAUGAGGUAUGCUUCUUGUGUCCUAAAUGGCAACCUAUUCCCCAUGUAGUGCUCUACUUCUGACCAGGACCCAUAGAGCUCUGGUCAACAGUAGCACACUAUUUGGGGAAUAGAGUCAUUUGGAACACCGCCUAGAUUGUCACAAAGGUCAGUGUCUGUCUGAGAGGUGUGGAGACCCACAGGAGGAGACCAAAUGCCAACCUACCACCCACCCACCACGGCCUGUUUGGAAGGGAUGAAUGUUUUGAAACAGUAUGUGAAAUAAGUACUUUUCCUUGUCUUGGUUUGCCUCUUUAAAACAGUUAAGGGGGCAGCUCAUCAGCUGAUCAUUUCUAAACUGCUUCAUUAAUCUUGUGUGUAUUUGUCCUUGUUCAGAGAUAUCUUUUGUUUGUUUGCUUUUUAAUCAUCUUCUAUUUUUAAAUGUUUGUUUUUCUGUUCACCGUCUGGUUUGGUGUCUGUCUGGAGAUCAGUCCAAAUGAAGGAACCCAUGGCUGGCCAGGACCAGGGUUCGAGUCAAUUCUAAAUGGAAUUGACUUAACCCUGAUCAGGACUUCUCUAUCCCCCUCUCUCUAACAGUGUCAUCCACUUUAGUUGACCCUUCUUGGGGCCAAAGGUUAUGGAGUGCUCUAGUAUGUCUUCUUGUGCUAUAAUCAGUACCAUGUUUUAUUAGAUACCAUGGUACAGUUAGAGAUUAGCUUCCCAUACACUGCCUGCCUUGCAACACUCUUUGGGUGUUUAAUAUGUUCUAGGAGUGACACGUUUUAUCAUUUUCAUUUGUGUGCAAUUUCGAUGUGAUUUUGUUAUGAAAUUAACUGAAGUCAUUGUUAAAUACAUUUAGAAUUUUGACCAUGCAGCCUUUCCAAAUGUAAUGCUAUUGUAGGUUUAGUGCACAUUUUCAUAAACAUAACUUUUUUACUAAUCUAGCCUGGGUGCCUGUCUGUUUCUACUCUAUUGCCAACUCCUUAUGGAAUUUGUCAUGUUUGCCUUGACAAUGACAACAAUGCAGUUGGCAAGACGGCAUAAACAGAUCUGGGACCAGGCUAAAUGGAAUCUUCAGAUUAUAUGGUUGUUGAUUAACAACAUUCAUGUGCCACGGCUCUUGGCAACUUGGUAGAUGUCCUAUAUACCUUGAGUAACAAGUUGUAAUCGCAAGGAAUAAGAGAUUGAUUGGGAAAUGAGCCAAGUCCUAGCUAUAUCUUUCUAUGGUCCUUCUUCAUUCACUCUUCUGUUCAAAAGGCUUUUAAGACCAUAGAUGUUUGUAAUUAUUAAAUUAAUAUCGGUGUGCUUUUCAUGUUUCUGGGCUGUAGGAGGUCACGUUUUCAUAUAAAUCUUUUUGUGGAAAUAAUGGUUAUCUUUGGAAUGGCUGUUUGCUCUGCAUUUGGACCUUUAAUUAGAAAUUGUAAAUUACAUCACUUGUAUAUUAUCUUUCUCUGGAUUCUAUCCAUAUGAUCAGAUAUUAUUUUAUGGUUUAUAAAUGUAUGGUAUGCUUUCCCCUUUAAUACUUUUUGGUUUUACUUUAUUUGUGUCAGAACAAAUGGCUACCGUGACCAACAGUUAGAACUGGCUCAUUGAUAAAUGUGUGAAUUGUACAAAGUUUUAUAGCUAGAGAACUGUUUGGCCUAAAAUGUUCAUCUGAAAUGAAUGAAACUGUUGGGUGUAACCGAGGACCAGAUCUAUUUACUCCCUCCCCCUGUAGCUGGAUAGUCUACUCUGACUAAAAUAAUAACUGUGUCCACUUUACUUUUUCUUUAUCUGCAUCUGAAAAGGUGUUGUAUAUUAGAUGUCAAAUAUCUUCUGGCAUUGUGGGUAAUUGCACCUUAACUUUGUAAACAUUUUAUUUACCACUGGAUGCCUUGUUUUCUUUAGAAAUAAAAUCAAAAUGGAAACAUCUUUGGGAAAGGAAUUGACCCUGAAGCUGCUGUAUAUCUAGAACUCUAUAUAUUUAAAAAUAUUCCAGGGAGUGUUCCCAUUCAGUACUACCGAUUUAUUAUAACUGACUCCAUGUUUUGUUACUUCAAGAUUUCUCUGUGUUAUCAUUGUAAAUCCUUUUGUAACACCGUCAACUCUAAUAUUCUUUCAAAUAAAAUGUACCUGUGUUCACAG